AGUGCUGAGGGGGCUAGUCCACAGGCUAAACCCGCAUCACACAUACAAACUUAUUAAGGUCACGGAAAACGUUUUAUUUCAGCAAGGACUACUGAACUAAAGUGAUAAUGGGUUUGCCACGACAAGGAUGGUUCGUUUGGAUAAACCUUCUCGCACUAGCAGCGACAGUCAAUUGUGUGAGCCGGAGCGAACUUUUUCAGUAUGGGGAGGAAGCUGGGGACCAGUUGCUGGAGUCAGGGAACGACAAGACGCAAGAACUUGCCCUGGACAAAUCUCUGUAUUUCUACGACGGAUCAUUUGACAGCGUUUAUAUCAACACCAACGGGUUCAUUGCCACGGCUGAGCCGACAGCGGAAGCAGAGUACCUGGGUAAAAUGCCCGCCAGCUUCGGCAUGAUUGCGGCCUUCCUGGGAGAUCUGGACACCAGCGACCGGGUGGGCAAGGUUUACUUCCGCCAGGACAGCAACCCCGACGUCCUAGAGCAGGCGACCGCCCACAUCUCCCGGGCCUUCCCAAACGAUGACGAAAUAGAGCCCAUCCACACCGUGGUGGUUACCUGGGAGAACGUGGCGCCCCACAAGCCCUCCAGCAGAGGCGACGUGCUGAGCAGCAAGAGGAACACCUUUCAGAUAGUCGUGGCGUCGAUGGAGACAGCCUCCUACGCCAUUAUGAUCUAUCCAAGGGAGGGGAUGCAGUUUCUCUCAACACAUGCAGGGGGUGGAAAUGAGCCUGUCCAAGCUGGCUUCAACAAAGGACUGGUGAGAGGCUGGUUCAGGUGGACCACUAGCCAGGGGCCAUACUACCGCAUCACCACCAGUGACGAGGCGUCCAUCAGAGAACUCACUCAGAUCACAAACUCCGGCGAGUGUGGUGUCUGGGUGUAUGAGAUCGGCACCUAUCCCUUCUUCUCAUCCAUCACUCCCGGUGAGGUGACAGACUGUCCCCCUGAAGCCACCCAGGAAAAGCCCUGGGCGGGGGCCACCGUGGACGUGGAGGAGGAGGAAGAGGAGGAGCAUGUUCCGCAGACACCGGAUGUGUCUGUGUUUGACCGUGGUCAGAUCCCAGAGUUCACUCCCUACCAGCCUGAAACCGAUGACUCCCAGAAAGUUGUGUACCGGGUGGAGGAGCCGGUGGAGAGACCCACGGUGCAGCAGCCGCCGGAGGAGCCCUACGCUGAGCCCAUCCCUGUCCACCCUGUCCAGUUCCAGCCCCAGCCCCAGCCCCAGCAGCCCCGCUACCAGCCCGAAAACCCACAGGUGGUGGUGGUGGACGAAGGGGACAUUAACGUGGACGUCUUUUCUUACAACUUUGAGACAUGCGCCAACAACAGACAGAAGUGCUCCUCGUUUGCUGAUUGCAGGGAUUACUCCAAUGGGUACUGCUGCCAUUGUAGGCCUGGUUUCUAUGGCAAUGGCAAACAUUGUGUUGCAGAAGGCAAGCCCCAGAGGAUGAAUGGUAAAGUGAACGGCAGGGUGUUUGUGGGCUCCACACCAGUGGAGCUCAACAACAACGACCUGCACUCCUACGUGGUGGCCAACGAUGGCCGGGCGUACAUAGCCAUCAGCACCAUCCCCGCCAGCCUGGGCCCAUCCCUGCUCCCCCUCUCUUCCCUGGGUGGGGUUAUCGGCUGGGCCUUUGCCUUGGAGCAGCCUGGCUACGAGAAUGGCUUCAGCAUCAUUGGUGGGGAGUUCACGCGCCAAGCGGAGGUUACCUUCCUGCCCGGGAACGAGAAGCUGACCAUCAAACAGGAGUUCAAAGGCAUCGACGAGCAUGACCACCUGGUGGUCAGCACGCAGCUGGAGGGGAGACUGCCGGAGAUCCCGCGGGGCUCCACUGUGCAGAUUGAGCCUUACUCCGAGGUCUACCAGUACAGCAGCAACAUGAUCACCUCCUCUUCUAAUCGUGAGUACAAGAUCAGUCUGUAUGAUGGCAGCAUCCAGAGCAAGAGCUUCCAGUGGAGGCAGACCAUCCUCUUCCAAAGCUGCCCCCAUGAUGAGGCCACCAGGUCUGUUCCACCCACCCAGCAGCUCAGUGUGGACCAGAUCUUCGUCAUGUACGACCCCAGCAACAAACUGAUCCGCUACGCCAUGAGCAACAAGAUCGGCUCCAUUCAUGGUGGAGAGCCGGCACAGAACCCCUGCUUCACCGGCCGACACGGCUGUGAUACGAACGCUGCCUGCCGACCGGGGGAGGGGAACCAGUUCACCUGUGAGUGUGCUACCGGUUUCACUGGGGAUGGAAGGACAUGUCAUGAAAUUGAUGAGUGCAGGGAGACACCCCAGAUAUGUGGCCCUCAUGCCAUCUGUCACAACCAGCCCGGCACCUUCCGCUGCGAGUGCUCUGAGGGCUUUCAGUUUGCCAGCGACGGGCAGACCUGCGUCGAGGUAAACAAUCCCACUGACCACUGCCAGGCCGGGACUCACGACUGCGACAUUCCGCAGCGGGCGCGCUGCAGCUACACCGGGGGCUCCUCAUACAUCUGCUCCUGCCUCCCGGGCUUCGUGGGCGACGGCCGAGCCUGCCGGGAUAUAGAUGAAUGCCAGCCAAGCAGGUGCCACCAGAACGCUGUGUGCUACAACACGCAGGGCUCAUUCACUUGCCAGUGCAGGCCUGGUUUCCAUGGUGAUGGCUUCCACUGUUCCUCUGAGCGUGAGAAGACACAGUGUGAGCGUGAGAGGGACAGUAUCCUCGCUUCCUCCUCGGCCCACGGCCCUCGGAGGCCACGCCCCAUCCCUGGCGUCUACGUGCCGUCCUGUGACUCCCUGGGUAACUACGAGCCCAUGCAGUGCCACGGCAGCAUUGGGCAGUGCUGGUGCGUCGACCGGAACGGGCGGGAGAUCCCGGGCACCCGCACUGGGCCUGGCAGCACCCCCUCGUGUAUUGACCAGGGCGUUCUGCCUCCCCCUGUGCGGCCCACCCCAAGGCCUGAUGUCACCCCGCUGUCCCCAGGAACCCACCUACUGUUUGCCCAGAGUGGGAAGAUUGAGCACAUCCCCCUGGAUGGCCAGAGCAUGAAAAAGAGUGAGGCCAAAACCCUGCUGCAUCUCCCCGACAAGGUGGUUAUUGCGGUGGCUUAUGACUGCGUGGAAAAAAUGGUGUACUGGACCGACAUCACUGGGCCCUCCAUCAGCAAGGCCAGCAUCCAGGGGGGAGAGCCCAUCACAAUCAUCAGAACAGAUCUGGUGAGCCCUGAAGGAAUCGCUAUUGACCACCUGGGCCGCACCAUGUUCUGGACGGAUUCCAUGCGGGACCACAUCGAGGUGGCCUCUCUGGACGGAAGCCAGCGAAGGGUGCUGUUCGACACUGACCUGGUCAACCCCCGCCCCAUCAUUGCUGACCCAGCUCACGGGCACCUCUAUUGGGCUGACUGGAACAGAGACGGCCCCAAGAUUGAGACCUCCUAUAUGGAUGGGACCAACAGGAGAGUGCUGGUGAUGGACAACCUGGGACUGCCCAAUGGCUUGACCUAUGACCCCCAGACUUCCUUGUUGUGCUGGGCUGAUGCAGGUACUCGCAAGGUAGAGUGCAUGAACCCCAGCCACAGCGACCGCCGAAAAGUGAUGGAGGGCAUCCAGUACCCCUUCGCAAUUGCAGCCUACGGGAGGAAUCUCUACUACACCGACUGGAGGAGGGACGCGGUGAUCGCGGUGGACCGGCCUGUGGGGCGGGAGACGGAGGAGUACCUGCCGCAGAAGCGAUCCCGGCUAUAUGGGAUCACGACAGCCUAUGCCCAGUGCCCCUCCGGGCAAAACUACUGCACAGUAAACAACGGAGGCUGCACACAUUUGUGUCUAGCAACCCCUGCUGGUCGCUCCUGCCUGUGCCCUGACAACGCUGUGGGUGUGAGCUGUGUGGACAGACAGAAUAGGUAUUGAGAAAGAGUAGAGCCGAUGAGCAUUCCCCAACAGGGGCUUGCCUGGAGAACUCCUUCUAAUCUGGUGCUAAAGGAUGUGUCAUUUCACAUGUGACACUAUAGUUACUCGAUAAUGCCACUAAGCACCAGUGCCACAGUGUCUCCACAUUCUUUUUUUAAAUCCCAGUACUUUUUAACAAUGAAUUGGACAUAUUAUAAUGUUUCAGUCACUUUGUUAAAUCUAGUGACUGUUGUUUUGUUUUUGUACUGUAAAUGAAUCCGAAUAUAGACGUAUCGUAUUUGAGGUACAUCUGUGGAGCAAAUUAAACAGAUUUAAAGGGUGCCUUAGGUUGUUCUGUGUGAGAUUAUGAAUAGUUUAUCUUAUAAUUAUCAGUUAACACGUAUAUCUAAUUUGAGCGUGAAAUUAAUUUUAUGGUUUAUAAAAAAGGUCAAAAGUAUUUGAAAAUGAAACCCAGGGAAUGUGCUUAGUUGGACGACCAGUGCACAGGAAGUAAAUUUAUUUUACUAGGACUGUGUGUGAAGUGCACACAAAGCAAAUGGCUCUUACAAACCAGAUUUAUAAAUGGCUGGUACAUUCAACAAAGCGCCUUCGCUGGGAGUCACUUUCUCUCGGUGCCUUUUAAACUAUCAGGUAUUACUGUGAAGUUUACAGUCUGUAGCAGAAUGUGAAAGGAAGUGUAUGGCGAUGAACACAGUACAUUUGAUUUGUGCUCCUCUGAGACCGGCGCCUGCAAAUGGUGGACCUCGCUGUGUGUCUGAGGAUUCAAUCCCCUCAUAGAAUUGGAGCCUUACAUUGAAGUAUUACGUAGAGUUGAUAUACAUGCUCUGUAUAUUCAGCUGGAGCAACAGAAACGUUUACAUUCUGU